GAGCCCUCACCCUCACCCUCACCUCACCCGUUGUUCAUCUACGCCAGCAUCCAAAGAAAAAAAAACCCACCCACACCUUGCACCUUGGUGAAUUUCUUCUCUCCUGUCUUUUCCAAUUCUAAUUUUAUUUUGUUUUAUCUUAAUCUGCUUUAUUUCUCGGCUCAUCCUGUUCAAUCUGAGCCAUGCACGUGCUCUCAUAGCCAGAGCCAUCCAUCCACUGUCCUCCUUUCCUCUUCACACUCCCGUUGUCACCCUGCGUGUCCGUCCAUGUCCAAGGCCCAGGAGAAAUAGGCGGCCAACACACAAUCCCACAUCAUGGCCUCAGGCCAGCGCGUGUCCGGUGCCGUCCUGAAGCAGCUCGUGCGCCCCCGUGCACCAUGCAGGGCCGCGCAUUACCAUCAUGCACAUUUGCCGCCCAGGCGCCUGCCCAUGCGGCAGUCAGACGGCACGGCACCAUGCACCACCACCACCACCACCGGGAAUAAGGACGCCCUGCGCAACUUCUCGACCGGGCGAUCAUUACGCAAAGAAGAAACUCACAUCAACCACAGCACCAGCACCAGCGGCACCAGCAGCGGCGGCGGAGGGGGCUGGGGCUGGGGCAGGGGCAGGAACAACAACGGCGGCGCCCACGGCAGCGAUGAGCCCUCGCUCGGCUACAAGAUGCUCGAGUCGGCCGCCACAUCCCUCGCCUCGGUGCUGGUGCUGGCCGUCGGCUUCGCGACCGCCGCCUACGCCUACCACAAGCUGUACAAGAGGCUGCAGCUGCAGAAGAUCGCAAACGCCUUCGAGCCCGGCGACCCCGUCCUCGAGCUGGCCGCCCUGGGCAAGGGCCGCUCCUCAAAGGUCCGGCCCUCGAAUGUCCACCGCAACGGCGACGACGUCGACAAGGACUACUGGGUCCACCGCCCCGAGCAGGCCCAGAUCGAUGCCAUCGUUGGUGGCCAUGAGUACGGCCACUACCACCUCCUUCUUGGGGAGAAGGGCACCGGCAAGAGCAGCAUGAUCAUCGAGGCCAUGCGCAAGAUUGAUGGCGACGGAGUCGCCAUGUUCGAGGCACACUCAGACCUGGAAAUCUUCCGCAUCCGGCUCGGCAAAGCUUUGGACUACGAGUUCCACGAGGACUACAUCGGCGGCUACUUCAGCGAGAAGGGACCACGGGAUACAACCGCCCUGCUCGACAUCGAGAGGGCCCUUAACAAGCUCGAGAAGGUCGCCCUGGAGCGCCGGGCCCAGGUCGGCCGGCCCCUGGUCAUGAUCAUCAACCAGAUGCACCUCAUCCGGGACGACGAGGACGGCAAGGACCUGUUCGAGCUGCUGCAGCAGCGCGCCGAGCAGUGGGCCGCCUCGAACCUGGUCACCAUGGUCUUCAACUCGGACGACUACUGGGUCUACGAGCGCCUCAAGCAACUCGCCACUCGCAUGGAGGUCCUGAGUGUCCAGGACCUGCCCAAGGCCCCGGCCACCGCUGCCCUCAAACGCUACCGCUCCCGCUACUUUGGCGAGAAGAUUUCCGAUGAUCUCGCCACCCAGAUCUACGAUAGGGUCGGCGGCCGUUUGACCUUCCUCAACCGUGUCGCCAAGAGCAAGGACAUGCUUCAGACGUGCGACGAUAUCAAGGAGGUCGAAAAGACUUACUUCUUGAACCAGUGCUGGAUCCUCGGCGAGGAGAUGGACGACGACGUGAUGGACCAGCAGAAAUGGGCUGCGGCAGCGAUGGUCCUCGCCCUGGCCCUAGUAGACCGGGAGCGCGAGCUCGACGACGCGCAGACGUACGACCCGGUCAGGGGCCACAUGCUCCCCUGGUUCCCGAUGCACAAGGCCCAGGAGAUCCAAACGCGCGCCGACUUUGUGCGCCAGCUCGACCGCAUGAACCUCUUCACCAUCACGAGCAGCGCCCAGAUGCGCGCCUCCAGCGUGCCCAUGCACCUCGCCUUCCGCGAAAUCUGCGCCAUCCCCGGGUUCCGCGAUCACCUCGAGGCCACCAUCGACCGCAUCUCCGCUAUCGAGAGUCUCGGCCGCACGAGGGAGCUGGUGGCCAAGGACCUCGUGCUGGGCGGCAAGUAUGAGAUUUCCAAGGAGGGCAGCGGGUGGGGUAGCAAGGCUAUUGUCUCGCUGAGGCAGCCGCCCGAGGAUGAGGGUGGUGACGACAAAGGUGACGGCGAUAGCGAUUGAAUCUCCCGUGGGGCCCGUGAGCCCAGCGCCAGCAUUGGCAUUGGAGGCCGGGGGCCGGCCGGAUCGGAGCCGGGAUCAGACGGCCGUCUGACCCGGUCCGAGGCCACCGACAUCUUCGCAAUAGCCGACCACCACGGCAACCGCUCGUUUCCCGCAACUUGGGAUCCUAAUUGCCCCAGCCCUGGCACAGGAAAGCGCUAGGCUAGAGCCAAGGGUCUCACCGACAAAGGCCUUCUUCGUCACUGCCCAACGCCACGCGCCGCAUCGUCGACGGCUAGAGUUGCCUAGUAGCCUGGGGUGGGAGUAGACACGAGGCUGGGCAAAAUUGACUGGCGUUAGGGGCCUUUGGAGGUUUGGGCGUCGAGGCGUGAACAUGCAGGCCGUCCGAGCGAGGAA